CAUCGCUUCUGCUGCUGCCUCCGCCGCCGCUGCUGGUGCUGACACAGGAACCGGCUGUCCUGCACGGAGACGGGACGCACAGUGGUCCGGUAAUCACCUCGGUUGGAGACAGUCGUUCUGUAAAUGUAAGUUGACAGAGAUUGUUCAGCGCAUUCUAAAAAGGAAAAUAAAAUUAAAUAAUGAUCAAGAACGGUCAUCAUCACCACCAAGUGAGCACAGCAGCCGGGAAAGACGCAGGAUCGACCCCUUGCACUGCAGCCUGCAGUCCCGAGAAGAGGAGGCGAAGAAUCCGGGUGUGGUGCGAUGGCUGCUAUGACAUGGUGCAUUAUGGUCACUCCAACCAGCUGCGGCAGGCCAAGGCAAUGGGAGAUUACCUUAUUGUUGGAGUACACACAGACAGUGAGAUUGCAAAGCACAAGGGUCCGCCAGUCUUCACUCAGGAAGAAAGAUACAAGAUGGUGCGGGCCAUAAAAUGGGUAGAUGAGGUCGUGGAAGGUGCUCCGUACGUCACCACCCUCGAGACCCUUGACAAGUACAACUGUGACUUCUGUGUGCAUGGAGAUGAUAUAACACUAACUGUGGAUGGGAAAGAUACGUAUGAAGAGGUGAAGAAAUCAGGACGGUACAGGGAGUGUAAGAGAACCCAGGGAGUUUCAACUACAGACCUGGUUGGCAGGAUGCUGCUGAUGACCAAAGCACACCACAGCAACAUAGACAGUUCAGACUAUCAGCAGCACACAGACAACUUUGGAAAGUGGGGGGCACAUGGUCAGAAGGGCCACAGUCCCUGGACAGGGGUGUCUCAGUUCCUGCAGACUUCACAGAAGAUUAUUCAGUUUGCCUCAGGCCAGGAGCCUCAACCUGGAGACACGAUCAUCUAUGUGGCAGGAGCCUUUGACCUCUUCCACAUUGGUCAUGUGGACUUCUUGGAAGCAGUGCAUAAGCUUGCAGAAAAGCCAUACAUUAUAGUGGGGUUGCACUUUGAUCAGGAGGUGAAUCGUUACAAAGGGAAAAACUACCCCAUCAUGAAUGUCCACGAGAGAACCCUCAGCGUCCUGGCUUGUCGAUAUGUGUCAGAGGUGGUGAUUGGUGCACCGUUUGCAGUCACUAAAGAUUUGCUCGACCAUUUCAAGGUGGAUCUUGUAUGCCAUGGAAAGACAGAAAUCUACCCUGACAAGGAUGGAUCUGACCCUUAUGCCGAACCCAGAAGGAAAGGAAUCCUGCGUACUGUUGACAGCGGGAACAGCCUCACUACCGAUGCCAUUGUGCAACGGAUAAUCAAAAACAGGUUACUAUUUGAAGCAAGGAACCAGAAGAAGGAGGCCAAAGAGAUCGCUGUGAUCCAGGCCAUGAAGCGACAAGAAGAGGAAAAGACAAAAGAAAGAGCACAAGCUGUGCUGUAGGCAACUAAGUGUAGAUACAGCACUAACAAGCGUAAAUAAUAUCAAGUCAUGUACAGUAGAGUCAACCCUUUUUCUAAGUGUUAUGACAACCUCCACACAUGAUCCUGGCUAAUAACAAUAGUCUUUACAGCAGCCCAAGGUGGCAUACUCUGCUGUGGGGUCAUCAGGUAUAUUAUUAUAUGUGUGUGGGGGAGGUGUUUUAAUAUACUCUGCAUAUGCAACUACAUGUUUGUGUCAGUCACCAAUCACACAUACAGAUGUAUGUGUCAGAUAUAUAAACAGUUGGAACAAGGAAGAUAUCAAUAUAUCUUCAAAUGUCUAUUUUAUGUCUUAGGAUGUUUUUAAUUCCUCAAGUUUUUUUUUUUUUUGCCCUCAAAAAAUUGUGAAAUUUUAUCGUGUGCAUAUAAAAUAAAAUUGCUUGAGAUGAUGGUCAGGCAUUUAAUUAUAAAACAUGGAAGUGAUUUAGUUAUCAUUUCCGUGGGGCCGUUGCUGCUUUUUGCCCAACAGUGCCCCAAAACUAAUCUAUCUUUGUAUAUACUGUAUGUAUGUAUUAUAAAGUGAUUGCAUUCUGUCUGGAGGAUACGGAAACCACUAGAGAGUCAGGGGAGACAUUUUCCUGCUUCCUUCUUCUAACUUGAAUUCGAGAAGUGACAACUUGUUGAUUGAAUCUUACAGGACCUCAUGUACAUACCAGAUCCUCCACCGGACUGCACUGACUGAUCAGAAAUCAUUAGAACUGUUCUGUUUGAACAAUAGAGCUGUUUUUUAACUUAAAAAUGCACACCGUCGAGACCUGAAGGUCUGGCCCUUUGAGUGCAAUAGAAUUCUUUUUGCUUUUUCUCUUUUCAAACAACACUCCUUAGAUUUAUCCUAAUAUAAAUAAAAAUACUACUUUAACCUUUAGCUUUCAUAGUGUAAUUAGAGAACUAUGACUAAUGCUCGUUGUUGACUUGACUAUGAAGUAGACCUCUUACUGUCACUUGAGUCUCUAUAUCAAAUGGGAUUAAAUAAUAUAUUUUUUGUAGAUGUAUAUUUUACUCACCUGCACUCCAUUAACUACUGUAUAGAUGAUUUCAUAUUGUUUCAGAAGCAUAAUAAUAUGUCUGUAUGUCAAGUUGGAAUGUAUUCAGUGUAGGCUAAUCUGUAUGUUAUUGACAACUCCCAGUUGACAUGUACUGUAGAAACUGAUUGGACUACAGUAUAUUAUUGCUGAUGAUAAAAACAAUUUAUUCUGAAAA